AUGGACGCGACGCAGUCCAUGGGCGCCAACACGGCGGAGUUGCAGAAUGAUCUGCUGCGCAUGUGUGUGCUGUGCGCCACAUCUUUGGAAGGGAUCCAUCCAAGUUAUGCACCGCAAGAAACGGUCGAGAAAGAGGCACUCACGCUUGACGGCGCCGCACUGAGUACCCAAAUUUACCGCGAUUUGCUUACCAUUCUGCAAGCUACACAAAAAAACGUAACGGGGCUGUCGAUUGCGAUGCGGCCGGCAAAAAAUGCUGGAUUUUAUGAAUCUCCUUUGUCGAGCCUUGACGCGGAAAGUGUGGCAGCUGCAGGGGCGCUUUUAAAAACCAUGGCGACAGAAAAUGUACCACAGCUUAGUUUUAUUGCAAAUUUGGCGCAGAAACACCAGCGUGUGUAUGCGCUGACCGAAGAGGCCGCAAGAGAUAUGACAACGGAGGAGGCUCGCAAGCUUGGCGCGACGGUCGUGUAUGGCAGCAAAGCCAAAGGGCCCGUGAACCUUGGUGCUUCGCUUAGUCGCGUCUAUGGCCGCGAGGUUCGUAAAGCCGCCGAGGAGAUUGUAUUGUUAAUUGCGCAACUGUGUCAGAGCUUUAUGGAUGUACGCACACGCUCGGUCCUGGGAAAGGCACAAACAAAGCGCUCCGGUGCCACACAGGGAGCAAUGCCUGCUCCGACAAGGGAGGCUUCGCUCGCAUUGACGCAGCAGAUUUCGAACGCCUGCGAUGGAUUUGCUGGGUCUGGGAAAGGGCAGGAUGCGUACAUUACACGCAUACCGAAAGAUAAAAAAGAGGCUAUGUUGAAACAAUGGAAACAAGCACAGGUUAUGCUGGACGAUGGCCGCAGUGAACUGCGCGAUGCACUGGAAGAAGAGGAUGACGACGGAGUUAUGGAUGCCGGACUUGACAGUUCAAAUGCAUUUGAAGACAUGGCUGCACUGAUCCCUGCGGAGCUGCAUCCUUUUGCGGUAGCUGUGUCCAAGCUGCUUGUGCACGGCGAUGCGGCACAAAAAGCAGCGCGCAGUGCACUUGGCAAGGGGACCGAGCCGCUGGAUUACGAUGCAGUGAACGAUUCAUUGGGCGCGCUUGUCGAGCAGCAGGAUGAGCUUGUGGCUUCUAUACUUUAUGGGGAGGAUGCACAAGAGGAUGAGGCCGAUGAAAAUGGAACGCUGGCGCACUCCGUAUUGGCCUACGUCGCGUCGUGCGACCAAUUGCUGGACACCGUGCACGCACCAAACACUGUGCGCUGUGAUGCUCGUGCACCGCUCGCCUCUGCGCAGCGCGAGGCGCUUGCAUGCAUAGAGGACACGCUUAUAAAUAAAGAGUAG